AUGGCCUCCCUUCUCCGCCAAAUCGUCGCGGGUCCGCGCGCGCGGCACCCGGAAGCCGGGCUCGACCUGUGCUACGUGACGGACUCGAUCAUCGCGACGUCGGGGCCGAGCGGGACCUAUCCGCAGCGGGCGUACCGCAACCCGCUCGACCAGCUGGUGAAGUUCCUGGACAAGCACCACCGCGACCGGUGGGCCAUCUGGGAGUUCCGGGCCGAGGGGACGGGCUACCCGGACGAGGAGGUAUACGGACGCAUCUGGCACUACCCGUGGCCCGACCACCACCCGCCGCCGUUCGCGCUGGUGCCGCGCAUCGUCGCGAGCAUGCGCAACUGGCUGCAGGCGCACAAGGACAACGUCGCCGUCGUGCACUGCAAGGCCGGCAAGGGCCGCUCCGGCACCGUCAGCUGCUCGUACCUGAUCGCCGAGGAGGGCUGGAAGGCCGAGGACGCGCUGAAGCGCUUCACUGAGAGGAGGAUGCGGCCGAGCUUCGGCCCUGGCGUGUCGAUCCCGAGCCAGUUGCGGUGGGUGAGCUACGUCGAUCGGUGGACGAAGAGCGGUAAGGUGUACGUCGAGCGCCAGAUCGAGAUCCUCGAGGUCCACGCCUGGGGCGUCCGAAAUGGCGUCAAGGUCAGCGUUGAUGGCUUCGUCGACGAGGGCAAAGUGAUCAAGACGUUUCACACCUUCAGCCGGGCGGAGCGACAGAUUAUCAAAGGGUCCGUCAAGGACACGGGCGGCCUCGCCGAUGUAGUCAACGAGAUCCUUGCGCAGCGGAAGCUGGAGAAGGCGGCCAAGGAGGACCAGACAUCGGGCUCGUCUACACCGGUGGAUCGCAAGGCCAACAAGGAGUUGCCGCAAGGUUCGGACGAGCAGGAGAGCGAAAGCGACAGUCCGUCUGAACACGGUGACAUCAUAUUCAAACCGUCCAAGCCAGUGGUACUCCCGACCAGCGACAUCAACAUCGAUUUCGAGCGCCGCAACAGUGCCUUGUACGGUUACACCAUGGUCACGUCAGUUGCGCAUGUUUGGUUCAACACGUAUUUCGAAGGCAACGGCCCGGAGCAGAACGGAAAGGCUGAUGCUUCUGGCACAUUCGAGCUUGAAUGGGACAAGAUGGACGGCAUCAAGGGCAGCAGCCGGAAAGGCACCAGAGCAUUCGACAAGAUAGCGGUCGUCUGGAGAGCCAUCCCCGACUCAGAAACGGGCCAUCCAGGGGUGGUGAUUACGGAGCCAAAAGUGGGCGAGGAGGUGCCCCAGUCCAAGCCCGCCGAUUGGAAAGGCGGACAGCCGUCAGCGCAUACCGGAACUGCGGCAAAGGAGCUUGGCCUGCGGACCGAGACGCCUCCCGGCGGCAGCCCCAAUCUGUCAAAAGCAAGCAGCGUAAAGACGCAGGACAGCGCGGGUCUGGUGACUACGGAAGACACGAUCGGCGAGGCCAUGGGCUUAAAGGCGCAUGGGCGUGACGGCGAGGAAAUCAUUCAGGCUACGAGCAGCAGCUCUGAAGACGCGUCACCUGUCAGAUCUCAGCAGCAGCAGCAGGCUAUCCCGACCAUCUCUAACCCAGAGCUCGCAAGUAACGGCAUAGCGGCGCAAGACCAGGCGGCCAGCCCAUCUACAGAGCCGACGGCGGGAGUUGUCCAAGGGAAAGAGCACGUUUCGACGGGCUCAUUGCCAGGAGGGGUGCCGGAAGAAGAGAUGAAGACGGCUCAUCCACACGGGCUGGGCCACAUGAAGUCCAAGAAGGACUCCCAAACAAGCUCGUGA